ACGCCGGCGCAGGCGCGGUAGCGGCCAGGCGCGGGAGGAGGAGGAGUGGGGGGGCCCGCUCGGGUGGAGAGAGCCGUCGCCGCCGCCGCCGCCCGGGCUGCGUGAGAGGAUUUCCCCGGUGGUUGCGCCUCCGUCGCGGCCGUCACCAUCCCCGCCGCCCGGGUUUGCUCGGCUUGUGCCGCCGUUGGCGUCCCGGCUCCUCCCGCGGGGGGGGAGGCAGGAAAGUCCCCGGGAGCCUCCGCCGGGACAGCCGGAUCAUGUCCGGCCGCGGCCACAGCACCAAACUGCCCACGACGGAGCGCAUCGUCAAAGCUGUUCCUUUCCCCCCAACUCAGCGGCUAACCCUGAAAGAAGUCUUUGAUGAUGGGAAGCCCCGGUUAGAGAUCUUAAAAAACCAUUUGGUGAAAGAAGGGCGCCUGGAAGAGGACGCAGCACUGAAGAUAAUCAAUGAUGGAGCUGCCAUCUUGAAACACGAGAAGACAAUGAUUGAAGUCGAAGCUCCAAUCACAGUGUGUGGUGACAUUCACGGGCAGUACUUUGACCUGAUGAAAUUGUUUGAAGUCGGUGGAUCACCCAAUAACACACGCUACCUCUUCCUGGGAGACUACGUGGACAGAGGCUACUUCAGUAUAGAGUGUGUGCUGUAUUUAUGGAGUUUAAAGAUAAACUUUCCCAAAACGCUUUUCCUGCUCCGAGGGAACCAUGAGUGCAGGCAUCUCACAGAAUAUUUCACCUUCAAACAAGAGUGUCGAAUCAAAUACUCAGAGCGGGUAUAUGAUGCGUGCAUGGAUACAUUUGACUGUCUUCCUCUCGCGGCUCUCUUGAAUCAACAGUUUCUGUGCGUGCACGGAGGGCUGUCUCCUGAAAUCACAUGCCUAGACGACAUUAGGAGAUUAGACAGGUUUAAGGAGCCUCCAGCCUUUGGUCCAAUGUGCGACCUACUGUGGUCUGAUCCAUCAGAAGAUUAUGGCAAUGAGAAGACCCUGGAACACUUCACUCACAACACUGUUCGAGGUUGCUCCUAUUUCUACAGUUACCCUGCAAUUUGUGAAUUUUUGCAAAACAAUAAUUUGUUAUCCGUGAUUCGAGCACACGAAGCCCAGGAUGCUGGGUACCGAAUGUAUAGAAAGAGCCAAACCACAGGUUUUCCAUCGCUCAUCACCAUCUUUUCCGCACCAAAUUACCUAGACGUCUAUAAUAACAAGGCUGCUGUUUUAAAAUACGAAAACAACGUCAUGAAUAUCAGACAAUUCAACUGCUCUCCGCACCCAUACUGGCUUCCAAAUUUCAUGGAUGUUUUCACAUGGUCUCUGCCUUUUGUAGGAGAAAAGGUUACAGAGAUGCUGGUGAACAUUCUCAACAUCUGCUCGGAUGAUGAGCUGAUUUCAGACGGAGAUGAAAUAUUGGACGAUAACUACAUUUCAAGCUAUCCGAAAGGAGGCACAACUGCCCGUAAAGAGAUCAUCAGGAAUAAGAUCAGGGCCAUCGGGAAGAUGGCGCGAGUAUUUUCAGUUCUUCGAGAGGAGAGCGAAAGCGUGCUGACGCUGAAAGGCCUGACCCCAACAGGUACUCUGCCCCUGGGGGUCCUCUCAGGGGGAAAGCAGACUCUACAGACAGCCACAGUAGAAGCAGUAGAGGCACGGGAAGCCAUCCGUGGAUUUUCGCCACAACACAAGAUCCGCAGCUUUGAAGAAGCCAGAGGUCUGGAUCGCGUCAACGAGCGUAUGCCGCCACGCAAGGAUUCAAAGCACCCCGAUGGUCCAGUGAAUUUAACCUCAACAAACUCUGCGGACAAGAAUGGGACGGGGAAGAAAGCCCAGUAACAGUUCCAUAUCACUAAAGCAUCCAAAACUUAA